AUGGGUCGCGAAGAUCAAAUCGAAGAGCGAGAAGUUCUUGACUCAAUUUUCCCCGAUGAGAUCACAGAUAUAUCGGAGACCGCAUACAAAGUAUCGAUAACCCUCGAGACUCCUCCACAUGACCCCGAAGAAUCUGAGCCACCUGUGAUAUACCUGGAAGUCUCAUAUCCAGAUGAAUACCCCGAUGUCGCCCCCGAACUCAACAUUUCCGCCCCUCCAAAUGCUCCCCGCUACCCACGGUUAGAUGUCUACGAGGACCGAGAUCAACUACUGCAAUCUCUUCAAGAACCAAUCGAAGAAAAUAUGGGAAUGGCCAUGGUGUUUACGCUUGUGAGCGCUUUGAAGGAAAGUGCAGAAGACCUUAUGGUAGAGCGCGCCAAUGCCGUGCAGGUGGAGAGAGAGCAAGUUGCUGCUAAGUUGGAGGCAGAGGAGAACGCCAAGUUCCAGGGUACAGUUGUUAACCGGGAGUCAUUUUUAACAUGGAUGGCUGGAUUCCAAAAAGAGAUUAAGGAUGAGGAGCUUCGAUUAAAGGAGGAGAAGGAAGCAGAAGACAAGAAGAAAAAGGCCACGAAGGAAGAGAAGAAGCUUACUGGGCGGCAAUUGUGGGAAAGAGGAUUGGCCAGUAAGGGUGAUUAUGAUGACGAGGAUGGUGUGGAUGCCAUUCCGGUUGAUAAGCUCAAGAUUGAGGCUUAA